AAUGUCUAAAACUUGAUUUGCGGCAGAGACGUUGCACAGAUUUAUAUUUUCUAUUAUUUUUGGCAGAUUUUAUUUUCUUUCUGUCGAUUUAUAUUUUCAUUUUAAUUCUUCUGUGACUUCUGGAUAGAUCUAUUCUAUUCGCAUUGUUCAUAAUGGGAGUUACUCAUCUAGAAAUCCAGCAGGAUCCACAAAGCACUUUGACAAAACAAGAGCUGUCUAACUACAUCCUCAAAUGGUUUCCAUCAAUGACUCUCUCCCAGGAUGUAUCGACAAUUCCAGAAAAAAAUAUCCUUGAUGACAAGGUGCUCCACAAAAAUGUGACAAAAAUACGGAUAUUUCAGCAAGGAAUCAAGGAAGAAAAGAAUGCAGUUGAAUGCCAUGUAUACCAGCUGGACGACACAGGUCCGCAAAUGGACUACAUUGAAGGCGAAGAGUCCAUUCCAUCAGCAACUCACUACAUGCUGCCUUGCAAAGAGUUGGACAACAUAUGGGACACACUGGAGUAUGAUUCGGAUGUCAAGGAAGAAUUGCUCAAUUUCACAAAGACGGCUAUGCUCUUUGCAAAGCACAAUGUUUGCGAAGACAUCAUAGCCAUUAAUAGGGUCGUGCUUUUGCACGGCCCACCAGGAACAGGCAAGACGACCCUUUGCAAAGCCCUUGCCAACAAGCUGGCUAUUCGACUCUCGGAAUCAUUUGACUGCGGUCAACUGAUUGAAAUCAACUCUCAUUCUCUAUUUUCUAAGUGGUUCAGUGAGUCAGGAAAGUUGGUCAUGCAGAUGUUCUCCAAAAUCAGGGAACUCAUCAUGGAGCCAAACUAUUUCUUGUGCGUUUUGAUUGACGAGGUUGAAUCUUUGGCUCACGCAAGGAACGCAGGGUCGUCGGACGCUGAGCCAGCCGAUUCAAUGCGAGUGGUAAAUGCUCUUUUGACCCAGAUUGAUAGCAUCAGGAAGUUCCCAAAUGUGCUAAUUUUGACCACUUCAAAUGUGACGCAGGCCAUUGACUUAGCUUUUGUCGACAGAGCCGACAUAAAAAAAUAUAUCGGUCUUCCAUCUGCCCAAGUUUUGUACAAAAUUUACAAGAGCUGCAUAAAAGAGUUGAUUAAGAAAGGGCUUAUUGCCUAUGAACAACUCUCGCAAAAAGAUGAACCCAUUUUGGAGGCUGCCGAAAAUGAUUUCCUGAUGGAAAUUGCCAAGAAAUCACAAGGGCUGAGCGGACGGAAUGCUAGGAAACUUCCUUUCUUAGGCUAUGCAAAGCAUAUAGCCACUGUACGUCCUGACACAAUCACAUAUUUGAAGGCUUUGGAAAAAGCUGUCGAAGAAGAGUUCAACGACCGUAAGAUGUUAUCCGCUUAAUAAUAAAAUAAAAAAUAAGUAUUUGCAUAAUCAAUCGCAUUGGGAGUCAAAUUCAAUUCUGUAAAGUUUACCAAACAGUGUAAAUUUAUUGGUACGCCUUUUUAUGAGUAACAUGGUGAAUAUAAAUGUUGCUAUAAUACUUGAUACUGAUCACUUACUUAACUCAAAAGGUUAUUGUUGGGGUGACGUUCAAUAAGGGUAUAAAUGUAAUAUUUUAAAUUGUCAUAGAUUAAUAUUUAAAACAAAAAUAGCCUUAAUUAUAUCUAAUUGGAUGGAAGAAUUCGUUUAGCGACCUUGCUCCUAAGAAAACGUUCAAUGUGCGACCCAUCCCAAUAACAAUGACCACAGCCCUGACAGACUCGAAAGAUUUCAAUCUUACCCAGCAGAGCCCGAGGGAUUUUCUGGUGCUUUACUGGAAUACCAUCUAUUUCAUGGAUGUCUGCAUCAAUCAGUGACACGAUUUGGCUGCACGUUAAUUCCUUGAAAUUUCCUCCGUUACAUCCCUGUGAUAAAUAUUUUCAUGCCUUCAAUUACUUUUGCAUUUUUAAAUUUUAAUUAUCCACUUACCAUGCACCUUGCAAAAAUGUCACUUUGGCUCACGUGAAUAUUGAAGAAGCGCAGAACCUCAUCGACUUGCUCUUCAACAUAAUGGGAAGAAAUAUUUAUCACAUGCCCCUCUGGCAGCUGACUAGCAAACUGAAAUUUUUAAAUAUA